AUGAUAUUAAAACUAAUACUGUUAGUGUGGAUGCUGUGCUGCUGCUUAUGGUACCAGACAAUCCGAUCGCAGCAAGUAAAUGUGACAAUAUUCACAGAAUCGAAGUGUAAAUACUGUACAAAGUUGUUGCGUGAACAAAUCUGGCCAUUCUACGUGAAACGACCUGGCAUAAUGAAUAUACAGAUAAUACCAUUUGGCAAAGGUUAUUGUGAUCAUUUUUCAAAUCAAACAUUUUAUUGCCAUUGUCAACAUGAACAAGACGAAUGUGAUCUGAAUAGGUUGCAAAAUUGCGCCAUCGCUUUCUUCCCUCGACGCUACUUAGGCCUGGUAACAUGUGUUCAAGGCUUGCCCAAUAUUUAUGAAGCAUUUUCGCGAUGUUUGACGGGCCUUACUGAAUAUACUCGAUAUCGAUUAAUUGAAUGUGCCACAACACAAACUGGAGAAGUCUUGAAUUACUACUCCAUGCUAAAUACCCAUCAAGCAGGAAUUAAAUUAUGGCCAGCAAUGUUUGUGAACGGUGAAUAUUUCGAGCGCAAUUAUCCUUGCGAAAUUGAAAUAUGCAGGCACACAACAUGGUGCUAG